CAACUACUGCGGUGUCGGGUCGUAGGUCGAAGAAAGCGCCGGCGCCGGUGGUUGCUGUUGCGACACAGGGUGUGACUACAGGCGUGGAUGCGGUGGCUGUCUUUGUAGCCUCCUCGGCGACUGCCUUGCCACUCAGGACAGCAAGGGUGCAGAGAAGGAGGGCUCUGGAUGGUGUUUGCCGAUGCAUGGCUGAGAAUAUUUGAUGACGUCGAAUUUCGAAUGGAACGGAGGCGUCCGGUCAAGGAUGUUGGGGCUUGCUUGGCUUCGGGAUGCAGAUGCGCGCGUUCGCGCCGAGUGGCAGGGGUUGGGCGAUAUCGAGUGUUGUUGUUCACUGAUGAAGUGUCGGAACACGAGGAAGCACAGGAGACAGUUGGCGACACGGGCGACGUCGUUUUCGAUGUCGUGGCCGUUGGAUAAUGGAGGGUUGCUCCCAAACGCGGCCUUCACAGGUAACCGUUUUAGAAGCCGAUGCCAACUGGGUCCUGGUACAAGGAAAAAAGGGAGGCGUUGAAUGGGAGCUGUGAUUGGCUGCCUGGAGCACAAGGGGCUGGCCCUUGCAGCUGGCAGCGGGCAGUAGAGUGAAGUGCACAUGUCAGAACAAAGCUUUAAGCUGGGGAAACACAAUUGCCAGUGGAAUGAUGAAGCUCCUCAUGAAGUGACCCAAAGAGAGAGAGAGUCAACAAUAGAGCUCAAGCUGUCAGUCUCAACAUCCAUGGCAGCAGAUCUCGGGUCCAAGUCCACCUGGAACUUUGAUGCCAAGCACAGGGUAGUGUAGAAUUGCCAAGGCUGUUGGCCCCUGACCCUCCACACAGCUCAUCUGGAAAAUGGAUUCUCAUGGUGCUGCGUCAUUGGCUCAGACAAACUCAGGCCAUCCGGAAAGCGCAGAGCCGACUGUGAACUUCUCUCAGGCCAUCCGGGAACUCCAACGCCGACGCGGUAGAGACCAUCCAUCGUCAACGUCUUCAACGGACAACCGUCAGCAUCUGGGCCUCCAGCUGAUGUCAUACCCCGGUAUCCGCGGUUUCCACGGGCUCGACAGGACGCUACUUAUAUGCGACAAGCUCCCGCGACCAUUGACAGUCGACUAAUUAGUCAACACAGCGAACGCAGCAACAAUGGGUUCCAAAGCACAGCAACCCAUCGAGGCGUCGCGCAAGAAGCCCGAGUACGAGUUCUUUGGACCACCCGGCGCUGCCCUGAUCAGCUUCGUCCUCCCACCCCUCGUCUACGCCAUCACCUUUGCGUGUAACGAUCUGUCCGGCUGCCCAGCGCCUUCCCUCCUCCAUCCCAAAAACCUCGAUCUCAAUGUGUUGAAGCACGAAGUUGGUUGGCCACAAGAUGGGUGGCCUGGUCUCUUCAGUUGGGAGGCCACAGGGUGGACCUUGGCUUUCUACCUCUUCAACGCCAUCCUGUACAGAAUCCUUCCCGCGACCGAGACCGAGGGCACAGUUUUGCGAAGUGGUGGCCGGUUGAAGUACAGAUUCAAUGCCUUCUCCACAACCAUGUUCUGCAUCGUUGCUGCCGCCGCCGGUACCAUCGCCCAGGGCGCCGAGUUCCCCCUUUGGACCUACAUCACCGACAACUAUGUGCAGAUUCUGACUGCCAACACACUCAUUGCCUAUGCGCUCGCCACUUUUGUCUACGUUCGCAGCUUCAGCGUCAAGCCUGGCAACCCCGAGAAUCGCGAGCUUGCUGCCGGUGGCGUUACUGGCAACAUAAUAUACGACUGGUACAUUGGGCGCGAGCUCAACCCACGCGUCACCCUCCCCUUCAUUGGCGAGAUCGACAUCAAGGAGUGGAUGGAGCUGCGCCCCGGCAUGCUGACCUACAUCUUGCUGAACGGGGCUUUCAUUGCGAAGCAGUACCGCAACUAUGGCUAUGUCACCGACAGCAUCGUCUUCGUGGCUGUCGUGCAGACACUUUACGUCUUGGACGGCCAGUACAUGGAGCCCGCCAUCAUGACGACUAUGGAUAUCACCACCGAUGGGUUUGGGUUCAUGCUUUCGUUUGGUGACCUUGUCUGGGUUCCAUUCAUCUACACCCAGCAGACACGUUACCUUGCCACCCACCCACAGACGCUGGGUCCUUUGGGACUUGCCGGUGUCGGUGCUUUGUUGGUGCUCGGCUUUGCCAUCUUCCGCCUGUCCAACAGCCAGAAGAAUGACUUCCGCACCAACCCCAAUGACCCCAAGCUGGCCCAUCUCAAGUAUAUGCCCACCAAGGCGGGCACUCGUCUGCUCAUCUCUGGCUGGUGGGGCAUUGCCAGACACAUCAACUACUUUGGUGACUGGCUUCAGGCUUGGCCCUACAGUUUGCCCACCGGGCUUGCCGGCUACACCAUCCUGUCUGCAGGAAGUGCUGCUGUGGAUGGCGCGACCAGGAUGCUUGACGGCCGCCAGGUUAUCCCCGGUGAAGCCAAGGGGUGGGGCAUCAUCUUCACCUACUUUUACGUCUUGUACUUUGCCAUUCUGUUGAUCCACCGUGACCGCAGAGACGACGAGAAGUGCGCCAAGAAGUAUGGCGAGGACUGGGAGAAGUACAAGAAGACUGUCAGAUGGAGGAUCAUUCCUUACAUUUACUGAGGUCGGUAAUGAUGGUGAAUGGGUUCCGGUGGGAAUGGAGAUGCAGUGGACAUGGGAGAGGGGGCAAUGAAUAAAACGGUUGGGAUCUUGGGCGGACUGGAAUAAUUUUGGGGCCGGAUAUACAUGCAGGAAAGGUGUUUGAGUUGAAUACAUAGCAAAUCUACAUACAAUACAUAAUCUAAUACCAUGCAACAAGACUCCC